AUGUCGGGCCAGAACAACAGUUCCGAGAGUGACCCAACACUCGACGAUACACUCGCGCAGGAUGAAGUGAAGAUAGAUGCUGCUCCAGGCAGAAGAAGAAAAAAAGAAAAGAGAAAGUUGAAGGCGAGUGAAAUGCCUACGCUUGACAAACUUGCAGCGAGAUGUGUUAUAGCUACUGGGCUCACACCUCUGACCCCCCGCUUGACGGCUCAAGAGUCAUUCUGCGAGCUAAUUCGUUGGUGGAAAGACAAAAUCAUGGAGUCUGCUGGCACGCAGCUGACCGACUUUGACGUCGUCAUGAAAAAGCGUGCAAACCACUACGAUGCAAAGAUCCCCGCAGAGAUAGCUUUCACUGCGCAAGAUGGAUCUGGAAAGCCUCUUGGUUAUGUUCACUUUAUGAACAAAAGAGAUGGCAAGGGCGGCACCGUUACAGUCGCUGUACGAGACGUGACCCCUCUGCAGCCCUCGAUGGUAGUCCCUGACGACGAGCGGCCUAAGGAACCCCAAGAUUUCCGAUUCACCCACCGCUCAGAACUCGGCUUAGGAAGGGCCGUUCUCAACUUCUUGGGAGCCGGUACGAAUCAUGCUGUUACCUGCAGAACGGGAGGUCACAGAUACAGGUUCAACUAUGGCAAAGAGGGCCAGCUCAUGGCCUUCGUGACAAUCAUGAACCAAGAAAAGAUUAACCAGUUUCGACGAUCGACAGUCCCACAGGGCAGUCUGUAUGUCCCCUUUCAGCCGCAUCCGGAGACUGACUCCAUCUUCAAUAUCGGUCCUGACAAUGAGGUGGGGAGAAGCGGGCGUGGCAAGUACAUAUACCGUUCCUCGGUCACCCCCAGAGAGUUCAACAUCUGGUGCGAAUGCGCUUUGUUUCUACAGGGAAUCAAGAACGACGAUAUCGUCAAGACUGAGAUGGGUGACCUGAUCCUCGAUCCCAAGUCUCGCGGCAAAAUCUACUUCAAGAGCUUUCUCCUGAGUGACACGACCCGCAGAGGCUAUGCUAGCUUGUCCGAGAGACCGCUCAGAUUCGGUUACAACAUCCUCUACGGAACUCCAGAUGAGAUGAUGAAGCACAUGAGUUCGCUAGAGGAAGAGUGUCAAGCUAUCAUCAUACUCGACGAUUGGGGCUGGGGAGACGUUGAGCUGGCGGCGCAGUUCAUCAAGAAGGACACCAUUUCUCUUCUCGGUGAUUAUCUAUUUCUUGAUCGCUCAAAGUGGUACUAUCCCACCGGCUCAAGACCGGACUCCGAAUACUUGAAGAAUCUCUCCAACUUUGGUCGACAGGCAUUAGAACUGCGAGACACGUACUAUUCCAUCUUGACACCCUACAAAACAGUCAAUAGAAAGCUAUACCAGUACAUCCCUCGAGUGCUCAACGCAAAGCCUGCUUCUAUCCCAGACACAGUAUUUGCCGCCUUCGUCGACAAUGCUCUUCGGUCCUGUCUGUCUGCAUGCAAGCAUACAGAAAAUCUCCGCGUCAUGUUUUUCGACGCACGCGGUCUUCCUCAUUGGACUGUUUUAGUUGAUGAUAAUGUCGUCAGAGUACCCAACAAGUGGCUCGAUCAGGAAAAUCUGGGACUGAUUCAUGACGUUCUGCGAGGUGAUGAGUUACUGGCGAAUUUGAUGAUGUCAGUUACAAGCGCCGUGUUUCAUCUCGUUCUCAAGCAGGUCGCUAUUGACAAAGAAUCCUUUGGCCGGCACAAAGCCACUGCGAUGGAGAGGCUUGAGGACUAUGCCCGGGAGUUGGUGGACUCUAAGAUGCUGAAUCUGAGCUUUGAGCCUGGUUCAGGGGCCAACUUGGCAAAUGUCUCUUGGGAGACUACGUUCUCUUCCUGGAAUGUCUCCAACUAUCAUGUCCAGCUGCAUCAGACAGAGACAUGUCGAGAUCACCAGAACGCUGUACUGGUUCGAGACAUCCUCCCCACAAGCCUGACCUGCAUCAACGACACAUGCCACAUCGAGAGGGUUUUCAUCACGCAAGAUUUCCGACGACACUACAUCAAGGAUUGCAUCUUGGGGAAAGAGUAUUUUGGCAUCGUCUACAACCCCGAUGAACCUCUGUCCAUCCCCCUUGUCAUAAGCACUUUCACGGUACCAGCGGAUGUGAACACUGCCGAUGACUAUGAUGUCGAGAUGGCACUGGAGGACCUCGAAGAUCUCCAACGCCGACUAUCUUCUUGA